ACUCACAGUGGACGGGACACCGGAGGCGCUGCUCGCACCAGCUGCAGGUCAGAGGAGGAAAACAUGGCUCGUCAAAGUAACACCUGCGCCGGUAAUCUGGCGUUUCUGUUUGCGCUCGCGCUGAUUGCAGCGCGUGUCCCGGCGGAGGCGUCCGAGGAGCAGGCGAAGACGGUGGAGUUCAACGUGAAACCGGGAGGAGUCGUGCACACCUUCUCCGAGGGCAUCGGGGAGUAUGAAUGCUCUUUCACGUACGCCUCCCAAGGAGGAACCAACGAGCAAUGGCUGAUGAGUGUGGGCCUGACUGAUGACAACAGACUGUUCUCCUGCUCUGUGUGGAGGCCUCAGGGGAAGUCGUACCUGUUUUUCACUCAGUUCAAAGCUGAACUGAAGGGAACCAAAAUCGAGUAUGCCAACGCGUAUUCUCAGUCGGCAGCAGGAGGACAGAGCGACGUGCCUUUGAAGCCAGAAGAAUUCACCAUCGGAGAAUCAACAGUGACCCACAAGGAUGGAAAGUUCAGCGCUCAACUCUCCAAACUGACCGUGAUUGGACGGACACGAAAAGACGAGCUGUAGCCGGUCAGAAGUGAAGCGCUUCGACCAAUCAGAGCAUCCCGACGAGCUCCGACUCGAGCCUCUGCUUUUCCCUCAGUGAUCGAUGAAGGAUGGAUUUCUUCCUGAGUUACAACUAAAAAUUGAAGAAGGAUAAACUGGAUUCUGCCCUGACAGCACUUUGUGUCGCUACAAAAGUUACCUGAUACUUUGUUGCUACAGUGGAUCGGAGCUACACGGGGCAAAAGGGAUCAGCUGAGUAAAAAACAACAACAAAAUGCUUGCUCUGAGAUAAAGUGCUUCCAUAGUUGUUAUUUUUCUUAUGCUACAAGAUUUACAAAGAAUUGUUCUGAUACACUGGGGAUGUCUGUGACUGUAUAGAGGAUGUCUGGGGGCUUUGUGGAGUAUAGAUAACAUAUUUAGACUAGGGAAGGAUUUAUCCGUCUUAUGUAAUCCCGAGAGAAAAGUGAGUAUUCCCCAAUAUCGUCACUGCACAUAAACAAUUUCCCCCGUCUGGCUCUGCUCUGAGCCGCUGCUGAGCGAGCUGCCUCAUUCUGUCUUCAUCUCUCUGUUUAUCCGUUCCAGAUGAUUGUAAGCACCACAUUUGAUUUGUUUUGUGCUCCCCCCCCCUGUUUUUGCCAGAAGCCAUAAUGCAGCAGCUUUUAAACAUGUUAAGAGGACACAUGCAUUCCCGCUUAAACACAGUCUCUGUAAAUGUCUUCAAAUCUUCGUCAUUCUGCAGCAGAAGAUGCAAAUCGUUCUAAAACAAAUUCCCAUUAAAAAAUGGAUCUAAUUUGAGUUUAUUGCAACAACUUUUCAGUUACAUUGUUAACCACAGAAUACUAAAAUGUAGGGCAUGCACAGUUUGGAUGAUAACGCGCGAGGCAAAAGAGAUGCCAGCAGGUAUCUCAGAGUCCUUCUUGAACCUUUACUUUCAUCUUUCGGUGCCACAUGUGUGGAUCAGCGAGGAUAAUGUGCAGGUUUCACAAGGACUUCAUUAUUUUGCCCCCCACCCCCCUUCGUGACUCUCCCUGUUCUCUUAUGUUGCGAGAACCUUUAUCCCCCCGUCAUUGAUGCAGCCCUCUCAGAUCCACGCCAGUCUGCAGAGGACGAUUGAUUUCAGAUUUGAGGAUUUUGCUGAUUUGAUUGUGUGGUUGUGUUACCUGUUAUCUCUCUGCCUUGUUUAGCCCGGGAUCGGUUUCCCUCGUCCGUCCCGAGGUGAUCCUAAGGAACUGAGGAAAUGCUUAGCAGGAGCGUUUCCCCUUUUCCUCGUUGUCACCGCUGAUGUCGAUGCGUCGUCUGGAAAUAAUCACCUCCAGAUCCUGGCGUGACAGAUUUACAAACAAACCCAAUGUUACUUAUUUUGUACAUCUUUUCUUUUUCUACUUGUUGAUUCUUCUGAUUCAUGAUGAAAUGUGAUGGGCGUCUCAAUAAAGACAUUAUCUGGAGAUAA